UUAAUUGCUUAUAAAAUGACACCAGGAAUUUCAACGUUAAUGUCAUUCGCUCAAAGAAUAGAAGGACAGAUUUUAUCUCGAACGUCUGCUCUGAAACAUUGGACUACUCAACAAAUUCGACACAUGCGAGUUCAUGAACAUAUCGCAUAUACUUUGUUAAAACAAGCUGGAAUUCCAACUCCACCUUUUGGUGUAGCUAAAACUCCAGACGAAGUUGCUAAAAUAGCCGCAGAUCUUAAAACGAAAGACAUUGUUUUAAAAGCUCAAGUUCUUGCUGGUGGUCGUGGUAUGGGACAUUUUAAAGGUACCAAUGUCAGCGGUGUUGUUAUGUGUGAAACUCCUGAACAAGCCAAAACUCUGGCCAGCAAUAUGAUAGGCAAAUUAUUAAUAACAAAACAAACUGGAGCUGCUGGAAAAAUUUGUAAUUCAGUGAUGGUAACAACGCGCAUGUUUCCACGUAAAGAAUAUUAUAUGGCGGUAAUGUUGGAGCGAUCUUUUGAUGGUCCAGUUGUAAUUGUAUCUAAACAAGGCGGUGUUAACAUUGAGGAUGUUGCCGCCACAAAUCCGGAAGCUAUAUCGUACAUACCAGUUAACAUCAUGGAAGGUUUAACAGUUGAACAAGUAAAGACCAUUGUGGAUAAAUUAGGUAUAGAAGGAGAAGACAGAGAAAUCACUUCAAUAAUUGCUUGCAAUCUCUAUGAAUUGUUUAUCGAAAAAGAAGCUUUAUUGCUAGAAAUUAAUCCAUUUGCUUUAGACAUUUGUGGGGAAUAUGUUGCUUUGGAUUGCAAAUGUUCUUUUGACGAUAGCUCGGAGUAUAGACAGAAAGAACUAUUUGCUCUACAGGAUGAAUCACAAAUGGAUCCCAAUGAACUCCAGGCAGCGAAAUUUAAUUUAAACUAUAUAUCUCUAGAUGGAAACAUAGGGUGUAUGGUAAAUGGAGCUGGAUUAGCAAUGGCUACUAUGGAUCUUAUAAAACUGUAUGGUGGUAUGCCAGCUAAUUUUUUAGAUGUAGGUGGUACAGCUACCGCAGAAACUGUAAAAGAAGGUAGAAGCGAUUUUAGUAAAUAUAUUUGGUGGUAUCAUGAGAUGUGACAUAAUCGCUCAAGGAAUUAUCACUGCAUCCAAGGAUUUAAAUUUGACCAUUCCAAUAGUUGUAAGGCUGCAGGAAACGUCAAGAAAGGUGGGGACACGAAGGCGCAGCUUACAUUUCGCAGUCCACUGCUACUGUUUAGUAAGAUGGCUACCAUGUUGUCUCGGACAGCCUCAUUCGUUGAAAAUUUCACUCGAUUCAGUGGAUCGAAGAUAUUAGGUUGCAAAGUCAACUUAGCAAAGCAACCAGUUAGAAACUUAAAUGUUCAUGAACACAUAAGUUAUACUCUACUAAAUGAAGCUGGAGUACCAACUCCUAAAUUUGGAGUUGCUAAAACUCCAGAUGAAGCUGCAAAACUUGCUGCUGACUUGAAAAGCAAAGAUAUUGUUUUAAAAGCUCAAGUGUUAGCAGGUGGCAGAGGAAAAGGUCAUUUUAAGGGAACUAAUAUCAGUGGUGUAAAGAUGUGUGAAACACCAGAAGAAGCAAAAAAAUUAGCCAGUCAAAUGUUAGGUAAAUUACUCAUUACUAAGCAAACAGGUGAAGCAGGUAGGAUAUGCAAUGCAGUAAUGGUAACUCAGCGUAUGUUUCCUCGUAAGGAAUACUACCUUGCAGUCAUGAUGGAAAGAGCCUUUGGUGGUCCAGUUAUAAUAGCUUCGAGUCAAGGUGGUGUAAAUAUUGAAGAGGUUGCUGCAACAAAUCCUAAUGCUAUAAUGUACGAACCUAUUGACAUUGACAAGGGUAUUACGAAAGAACAGGCAGACCGUAUUGUAGUUAAACUUGGUCUUCAAAAUGUUAAAGAUUAUAUUUCUGAUAUCAUUAUGAAUCUAUAUAAACUGUUUCUAAAAAAAGAUGCCCUUUUAUUGGAAGUGAAUCCCCUUGCAGAAGACAUUAAUGGAAAAUACUUCGCAUUGGAUUGCAAAUGCAGAUUUGAUGAUAAUGCCGAAUUUAGGCAAAAAGAGCUAUUCGCUUUACGGGAUUGGUCUCAAGAAGAUCCUAAAGAAGUUGAAGCUGCUAAAUUUGACUUGAAUUAUAUUGCACUUGAUGGUACCAUUGGGUGCAUGGUAAAUGGAGCAGGUUUAGCCAUGGCCACUAUGGAUAUUAUAAAAUUACAUGGAGGGGAACCAGCUAAUUUCUUAGAUGUGGGUGGUGGUGCAUCUACCUCUGCUGUAAAGGAAGCAUUUAAAAUAAUUACUUCUGAUUCACGAGUUCAUGCUCUCUUAGUUAACAUAUUUGGUGGAAUUAUGAGAUGCGAUGUUAUUGCAGAGGGAAUUAUCGCUGCAACUAAAGAACUUAGCUUAAAAAUCCCAGUUGUUGUUCGAUUGCAGGGUACAAACGUAGAUGAAGCGAAAGCGCUUAUCGCGAAUGCAGGUUUAAAAAUUGUACCAAUCGAUGAUCUUGACGAAGCUGCCCGUGUCGCGGUGAAAUUAUCAACCAUUGUUAAAUUAGCGCAAUCGGAAAAUCUCAGUGUCAACUUCGAAAUCCCUUCAAUUUCAUAAGCUUAGUAAAAAUAUAUACCAAGAGGAUUACGAAAGUAUAUUCAUAAUUUGUUAAAUUCUUGAAACAAUAUUUGAAAGUAAUAACUAGAUUAACAAUCUCAACUGUCAUUUCUGUCUUGUAUUUAGAAUCACAUUUUUAUUAGAAGCUAAACGGAAAUAAUUACUGAAAAUGUUGGAUUUCCUUGAUUUUCGGUAAAUUUAUUUUUCAAAAAGACAGACGUUUGUUUGUCACUAUAUACUAUUAGUAAAAGUACCAGAUAAUUUAUUCAUAUUUGGUGUUGCGUCUUUAAUGUAAGCACAAAUUCUUUCCCGAAAAGUAUUUCAAACUUCUUCAAGAAUGUAAUUUAUUGCUUACCCAUUAACGGGUUCUGUGAUUCAGUAUUAAAGUUAAGUUACACGAUA